UAACAGUGAACUCCAACACCUAAAAAGACAACAUUGAACUCCAAAUUUCAUUCUAUCGAAAGAAAAAAAGUCCAAGUUUCAAAAACAGUUUCGCCAUCAUGUGGUGGGUAUUGGUGGUCUUGUUCUCAUUUACACUUCUACUCCACCGAGGCAGCAGCAGUAUUAUUGAUCAAGAACAUACUUGCCCCCCUUCAUAUUGUGGCAAAAUUUCCAAGAUAAGCUCUCCUUUUCGAUUAAAAGAUGACCCAAAACACUGCGGUGACAGCAGUUAUGAACUAGCUUGUGAAAAUAAUAUAACAAGUUUAUAUUUAUACUCUGCAAAAUAUUAUGUGCAGUCCAUCAACUACAACGAUUUCACAAUCCGAUUGGUUGAUCCUGGAGUUCAACAAUCUAAUUGCUCUUCACUUCCUCUCUAUUCUUUGUCUCGAUCUAAUUUCUGCGAUACCUAUAAUCAUGAGGACGAUGACAAUUGCAAUGACCCAUACCAUGCCUUUUUGGCCAGAUCAAGACGAAUUGUCUCGGCCGCAGGUUCCCAUGAGCUUCCUUUUAAGCAUAUAGUCUACUUGAACUGUACCCAUCAAGUAACAGACAAUCAUAAAUAUGUGAACACCGCUCCAUGCCUUAAUUGGAAUUCCAAAGGGUAUUCUAUUUAUGCUAUGGCUGGUGAUUUAGUUGCUCAAGAUUUUCAAGUUGGCUGUCAUGUGAAAUCAGUUACUCUAACUUCUUGGUCGGGUUUGCAAAGAAAUCAAUUACUUACAUAUGAUGUCAUUCAUAAGGCGUUAGUGUAUGGAUUUGAGGUUUCAUGGUUUUCUUGUAAUAAGGUCUGUAAAAAAUCAGAGAUGUGCACCGUCAUGGAUUCAAGCGACAAUUCCAGCGCAAGCUUUCUGGAUUGCACACCCCUUUGCAAAAAUUUUAUAGGAUAUUUUAUUAAUGAUGAUUGUGGGAUAUGGUCUCAGAUGACUUCAUAUGCUCAAAAUGCCAAAUAUACUAUCGAAGGAAUCUUAGCAGGACUGCGUGAAAUAAUAAAAGGAUCAAACUCAGACUAUGAUGGUAUUGCCGAAUAUAAAGUAGGAAUGACGACGGGACACUAUAUUCUACCAUCACUCUUGUCUGCUAGAAUUCUGUUCGGAAUAACAUUUUUUAUUGCACUACUUAUAUACAAAUGGCGAAAAAGACAUUGGUCAAUGUAUGAAUGUAUUGAAAUAUAUCUACAACAAAACAACCUUAUGCCCAUUGGAUAUUCAUACAGAGAAAUUAAGAAAAUGGCUAGAGGUUUCAAAGACAAAUUAGGUGAAGGAGGUUUUGGCACUGUGUUCCAGGGGAACCAACGUAGUGGUCCUUGUGUGGCAAUCAAGAUGCUGGGUAAGUCAAAAGGUAAUGGGCAAGAUUUUAUUAGUGAAGUUAUGACCAUCGGAAGAAUACAUCAUGUGAAUGUGGUGAAAUUACUAGGAUUUUGUAUUGAGGGAUCAAAACGCGCUCUUAUUUAUGAAUUCAUGUCAAAUGGAUCUCUUGAUAAAUUUAUUUUCUCAAAAGAAGGGAGUAAAGAAUUAUGUUGUAGCCAAAUACAUGACAUUUCAAUUGGAGUAGCUCGAGGAAUUGCUUAUCUCCACCAUGGAUGUGAAAUGAAGAUAUUACAUUUUGAUAUCAAGCCCCAUAAUAUUCUGCUUGAUGAGAACUUUAUUCCAAAGAUAUCUGACUUUGGACUCGCAAAGCUAUAUCCGAUUGAGAAUAGCAUUGUCACAAUGACUGCAGCAAGAGGUACUAUUGGAUAUAUGGCUCCGGAGUUGUUCUACAAAAAUAUUGGGGGAGUGUCCUAUAAGGCCGAUGUUUAUAGUUUCGGGAUGCUUUUGAUGGAGAUGGCAAGUAAAAGAAAAAACCUAAAUGCCCAUGCGGAGUAUUCAAGCCAACUUUACUUUCCUUUAUGGAUUUAUGAUCAAUUUGCACAAGAAGGAGAAAUAGAAAUAGAAGAUGUCACGGAGGAGGAAAAUAAAAUACUAAAGAAGAUGAUCAUAGUUGCACUUUGGUGUAUACAAUUGAAACCAGCUGAUCGCCCCUCAAUGAACAAAGUAGUGGAGAUGCUCGAAGGAGAUGUUGAAAGCCUUGAAAUGCCUCCAAAGCCAAUCAUUUAUCCACAUGAAACAGUUGUAGAUGAUCCAAGAACCAACCUUGACCAAACAAUAUCGAGUGAUGAUUACAGUAGUUCUUAUGAUUAUGUGGAAAGAGAACCUAAUUCUCUGAUAGAGAAUAUUGCUUGAAUAUUCACUAUAACAAUCUUUUAAUUUGUAUCCACUUUGUCUAUUACACUGUUCUUAUGUAGUGCUUCAUUGUGUAUUCUAUAUCGAGUGUUAAAAUACUUCUUGUUAUUUGAAGUCUCUAAAUAUGUAAUAAUGUUAAAUUAAA